AUGCAAGUGCUGCCGCUCGGGCUUGCUGGUCACGACGUCCUUCUGAGUGCACCCACAGGUACGGGCAAAACGGUCGCGUUUCUGCUGCCGCUGCUCGCCCGUGCAAUGGCAGCCCGCUUCGAGAUCAAUGGGGUCCUCGGCCUCAUCCUCGCACCUGUCCGCGAGCUCUGCAUACAAAUUGAAGCCCAGAUCAAAGACCUCGUGCAAGGCAUUCCAAAGAUGCGAACCGCGCUGCUCGUCGGGGGCAUGCCCCUGCCCAACCAACUCCACCGACUCGCCCAAGGUCCGCAAGUGCUCAUUGGUACCCCCGGACGUCUCUUGGCGAUCCAUACGGACCACGGCUUGAUGCUGCAAGACGUCCGUACCUGCGUUCUCGACGAAGCCGAUAGGCUCUGCGACGACGAGUUCCGAGACGCAACGACCACGCUUCUCUCGCUCCUGCCCGUACAUCGCCAGCUCUUCUUUGCCAGCGCCACCAUGACGCCCGCUGCGGAAGCCAUCGCACGCACGCUGGCGCCAGACGUUCUUCGCGUGGCGCACACGUUCUCGUCCGGUCCGUCGGCCGACAUCCCUCGUCACGUGACGCAGCACGUGCAGUAUGUUGCCAACGCCCACAAGACGAAGCGUCUCUUCGAGCUGCUUCGGCGAAAACCUUCCGAUGACCCGCUGCACGCGACCCUCGUGUUUGUUGCGUCCCAGGAAGGCGCCGACGUGCUCGUCAAGUCCAUCUACAAGGCGUGCAACGUCCCGGCCCUCUCGAUCCACGGCGGCAAGUCGCAGGCCGCGCGGCUGCAAGCCAUGGAGGCGUUUGUAGCAGGAACAGCGUCCAUCUUGGUGGCCACGUACGUCUUGGGGCGCGGUAUGGACCUCCUCAGCGUCGACGACGUGGUCAUCUUUGACUUGCCGCCGACGGUCGACGAGUACGUGCACCUUGUGGGCCGUGCCGGGCGAAGUGGCGAUCCCGGACGCGCGACCGUGUUUGUCAACGAGGAAAACGCGCGGCUCUUCCCGGCGCUCACCAGCAGCGUCUGGGCGACGGUGCGGGACUUGCCGACUCAAGUGACCGACGCUAUCGUUUCCGAGCGCAAGCGGAAGCGCGAGCCGAUUGAAGCGCUGUGCCAACGCGCCCACGACGCUGCAGACCACUGGCGCGACUGGACGUCGACCAAGCGCAAGCGCGACGAUGGCGACCUCGCCCUUGGGCAGCCCCGGCAGCGCAUCAACGACUAAACGACUAAACGACUAAACGAUGUUUUCCGAGUACCAAGUCACUCGACUCGCC